AUGAGAAACAUUAGAUGUAAAGAUGUUUAUGUCAUGAAGGAUGAACAUAAUAUUAAAUUCACUGCUCAAGAUUUAUAUGACAAGAAAGCAGACAAAACAGAGCUUCAAACAUUAAAGACAGAAAUGCUUCAAACAUUAUAUCCUAUAGGCUCUAUUUAUACGUCAAUGAACUCUACCAGACCAGAAACAGUUCUGGGUUUUGGAACUUGGACUCAAAUAGUCGACAGGUUUUUGUAUUGUGCAAACUCUUCAAAGGAAACAGGUGGAAGUAAAACGAUUUCAGGUGAAAACUUACCUGCACACAGUCACUACAUAGAUUUAAGUACAUCUCAAGCAGGUUGGCAUAAGCAUAGAUAUUGGGAUUGGUCAGCAAUGACAAAAGGUAAAGGAUAUGAUGUUAAAGACGAAGUUCAGUUUGCUAUAAAUUGUUUCUGGGGUAACACUCAGGGAGAUGGAAACCAUACACAUCGCGUUUCGGGAUAUACGCAAACAACGGGACAAAGUAAAGACUACAUGCCACCUUACAUGACAGUUUACGCAUGGUAUAGAAAUGCUUAG